AUUUUUUGCAAAGCAGGUGACGGACGCUGUGACAGCACUGAAGAACAAAUAACCAGAGCAAACUAACUGAGAACAACAUGAAGGAAAUAAAACUAUACAUAACCAUUGGCCUGUUACUCCUUAAAAGCAGCGUUAGAGCUCAGACAACAAAUAUCACUACAGUGACCCAAGGACCUUCAGCAUCAACUGACAGCAUGACAUCACCUGUACCUUCUGCUAGCUCAGUUUCAAUAACUGCUGGAAUCUCUCUUCUCACAACAAAUCAUUCCACAACAUCUGUUACAGUUCCUGAAAGUUAUUCACUCCCAUCAACUACAUCACAAUCAACAGGCACAAGUGCUUCUUAUCCAACAGCAUCAGGUUACACUAGUUCUACUCCAACUACUGUUUCCACAAACCCAUCAGUAGCAACUGGUAGUUCAGUGACAACUGCUAACCCAGCUACCUCAGCCACGACAUUAGCAGUCACUUCAACAAGUUUAUCAACUCAAAGCUCAGUGGUAACAAGCAGUGGGUCUUCAAGUUCUCCAGCAGCACAGAGUCCAAUAAUAACAAGUAGUUCUGCCACAGAUUAUGUGUCAACAACUACAAAUGCAGCUGGAAGUUCCUCUGCAAUGAGUUCUACCAAAACGACUGUUGACUCCAUGAUUUCAACAGCUCAUCUAACACCUGGAGACACCACUCUUACUAUGGGAGUACCUGGGAGUUCUUCUGCAACAACACUUGGUUUCACAGGCUCUCUUUCAGCAACACAGAGUCAAACAGUAACAAGCAAUUCAGGGACUUCUACCACAGCUCAACUAACAACACCUGGAUACACCACUUCUGCAUCAGGAACAACAGAGAGUUCUACUGCAACAACUGUCAGCUCUAUGAAAACUACUUUUUACCCUGUGACAUCACCCACAGAAUCUGCACUAACUUCUGUUGGUUCCACGAGUUCCUCUUCAGCAGCACCAGGUGUAAGCAGUUCUGGGACUUCUGCCACAAAUUAUUUGUCGACAACUGCACAAGCAACUGAAAGUUCUUCUGCAAUAACUCCAACGUUCUGCAACAACAACACCUGGUUUCACAAGCUCACUUUCAGCAACACAGAGUCAAACAGUAACAAGCAAUUCAGGGACUUCUACCACAGCUCAGCUAACAACACCUGGAUACACCACUUCUGCAUCAGGAACAACAGAGAGUUCUACUGCAACAACUGCAAGCUCUAUGAAAACUACUUUUUAUUCCAUGACUUCACCCACAGAUUCAACAACAAUUUCAGUUGCUUCCACAAGUUCCUCUUCAGCAGCACCAGGUGUAAGCAGUUCUGGGACUUCUGCCACAAAUAUUUGUCAACAACUGCACAAGCAACUGGAAGUUCUUCUGCAGUAACUGUGACUUCAGUCAAAACAACAUUUGACUCCAUGCCUUCAACCACAGGUUCUGCAACAACUACUUUUUAUUCCAUGACUUCACCCACAGAUUCGACAAUUUCAGUUGGUUCCACAAGUUCCUCUUCAGCAGCACUAGGUGUAAGCAGUUCUGGGACUUCUGCCACAAAUUAUUUGUCGACAACUGCACAAGCAACUGAAAGUUCUUCUGCAAUAACUCCAACGUCAGUCAAAACAACAUUUGACUCCAUGCCUUCAACCACAGGUUCUGCAACAACAACUGCUUUUUAUUCCAUGACUUCACCCACAGAUUCAACAGUAAUUUCAGUUGGUUCCACAAGUUCCUCUUCAGCAGCACUAGGUGUAAGCAGUUCUGGGACUUCUGCCACAAAUUAUUUGUCAACAACUGCACAAGAAACUGGAAGUUCUUCUGCAAUAACUCCAACGUCAGUCAAAACAACAUUUGACUCCUUCCCUUCGACCACAGCUUCUGCAACAACAACAUCUGGUUUCACAAGCUCACUUUCAGCAACACAGAGUCAAACAGUAACAAGCAAUUCAGGGGACUUCUACCACAGCUCAUCUAACAACACCUGGAUACACCACUUCUGCAUCAGGAACAACAGAGAGUUCUACUGCAACAACUGCAAGCUCUAUGAAAACUACUUUUUAUUCCAUGACUUCACCCACAGAUUCAACAGUAAUUUCAGUUGGUUCCACAAGUUCCUCUUCAGCAGCACUAGGUGUAAGCAGUUCUGGGACUUCUGCCACAAAUUAUUUGUCAACAACUGCACAAGCAACUGGAAGUUCUUCUGCAUCAAAACAACAUUUGACUCCAUGCCUUCGACCACAGCUUCUGCAAUGACAGCAAAUGGUUCCACAAGCUCACUUUCAGCAACACAGAGUCAAACUGUAACAAGCAAUUCAGGGACUUCUACCACAGCUCAACUAACAACACCUGGAUACACCACUUCUGCAUCAGGAACAACAGAGAGUUCUACUGCAACAACUGCAAGCUCUAUGAAAACUACUUUUUAUUCCAUGACUUCACCCACAGAUUCAACAGUAAUUUCAGUUGGUUCCACAAGUUCCUCUUCAGCAGCACUAGGUGUAAGCAGUUCUGGGACUUCUGCCACAAAUAAUUUGUCAACAACUGCACAAGCAACUGGAAGUUCUUCUGCAUUAACUGCAACCUCAGUCAAAACAACAUUUGACUCCAUGCCUUCGACCACAGGUUCUGCAACAACUACUUUUUAUUCCAUGACUUCACCCACAGAUUCAACAACAAUUUCAGUUGGUUCCACAAGUUCCUCUUCAGCAGCACUAGGUGUAAGCAGUUCUGGGACUUCUGCCGCAAAUUAUUUGUCGACAACUGCACAAGAAUUUGGUGACUUCAGUUGCUUCCACCAGUUCUCAGGUAACAGUCGAGAGUCCCUUUGUAACAAGCCAUUCAAUGAUUACUACCACAAUUCCAACAUCCACACUUUCAGGGUCAACUGGUUCUACAUAUACAUCUGGGACUCACGAAACAACUGCUGCAUCCACAAGUUCUUCUGCAUCAACUCCAACUCUAAAAGCAACAAGCAGUUCAGGGACCUCUACCACAGGUCCACUAUCAACCACAAGACCUUCUACAAGCAUUACAGAAAAUACAGCUAG